AGUAACUGGACGGGCACACUUAAUGGUAAAAGAGCCACAGGCCUGAAACCAAAGAGAAAGAGAGAGAGAGAGGAAGAGAGAAAGAAAGAAAGAAAGAAAGAGAGAGAGAGAGAGAGGACAAGCGCGCCGAUAGAGAACGAAAUUCUUCUACACGCAUAUCCUCCACAAGGGAUGCGUUGCCAAAAGUGUCUGGAGAUGGGACACUGGAGUUAUGAAUGCAAAGGAAAAAGAAAAUACUUGCAUAGAUCCUCUCGUACUGCUCAGUUAAAAAAGGUUAUGCAGAAGCAACAGGAUAACAAAGAACAAGAGCAAAAGGAAGAAAUAAAUAAAAAUCAUGUUACGAAGAAAAUGAAAAAGGAAUCUAGCAGUUCCAGCGACUCGAGUUCUUCCAGCAGUGAGACUAGUGAUAGCAGUAGUAGUGAAAGUAGUAGUAGCAGUUCUUCAUCAGACAGCGAGUCGGACUCUAGCGACAGUGUAUCUAGUAGUAGUAGCAGCAGUAGUAGUAGUGAUAGUAAUAAAUCCACCUAAUAGCACGGUAAGAAAAUAUUCUCUAAUAUCUUGUUCUGUAUUGAUAAUAGAUCAUUCCGGGCCGCCGAAUAAAGUGACUUAAAAAAAGUAUGAAAGCAGAAAUGAAGGAAAUGUGGAACUCUCGCGAGAUUUACUUCACAUUGUACAAAGCAAUGCAUAUGAUAUUUCAUCAUAACUCAAUCUUUCCUUUCAUUACAUAUAUACAUGUGUAUUUAAUUAAAUAUUAAUGAUUAUUAGUGAAUAUUAUUAUAAUUUGAUCACUUAAUCAUGUCACAGUUUUAUUGCAUCAAGAUUUGCUACUCUAGUUUCUGUUAUGUUUAACUUUUUUUUUUUAUAAAAAUAUAUACAGUGACAUGCAUAUUUUAUGCAUAUUUUAUGUAAGACUAUUCUUGUCAUUGAUAUUGCAGGACAUCGUGCGUUAAUAUUAUUUUUUUUAAGAAUUUUUGAUAUUGAAUGUGACAUGAAGAUCUGUCACUGAUCAAUGUAGAGUUAAUAGUUAAACAUAAGACGAUUAUUUUUGCUGCGCUACUGUGCGCACAUAGUACUUACAAUAUUGAUAUAAUUGCUUUCUUAAGAAUAUAUUUAACGAGGGUUUCACAUGUAACAAUAAUAUAGAAGGAUCAAAGGAUGUCAUCAAAGGAUCAAAAAAUUUAGGAGUAUGCAGUACUCGCUAAGAUAAACAAAAAUGUUAAGUUUAAAAGAUCUUUUAAACAUAAAAGCGAUGUUUAGUUCUGAUAUGUGCACAAUUACAUGAGUCUAAAUAUAUUUUUAUAGAAAUCGAUUCUCCUAGUCAUUUUGUAAACACUUUCCCACACAACGUGGUGGGAGACUCGUUCAAAAGAUGCCCUACUUUUUUUAGGUGUCUUUUGAACUUCUUUAAGACGUCUUCGAGACAUGCAUGGUGUGUGGGUUGUUUCUCUAUGUAUUUCUGUUCCUAAAUUUCUCGAUCCUUAAUUUGUUAUAAUUGUAUAAUAAUAAGAUUGGUAUACAGUGUGUUAAUUAGGCUUUUGUCAGACAAUUAACGAUAUAAAAAUUUUACAUUGGAGGAUAUAAAAAAUUAUACUAUUUUGUUACACAAUUUAAAUACAUAUGCAAAAAUAUAAUGUCACUUUUCUCGGAUCAAUCUUCAAUAUCUUCGGGCAGAGUCUGUACUAUCACUUUUCUUCUUGGUUCGAAAGUGAAAUUGUUUGUCUUGAAUAUGUCACUUUCGUAAAAUGGAUGUAGAUUGUGUAUGUCGAUCUGCUUAGCCUGAAAAUACAAAAUUUAUUAUUGAUAACGUGAAACGCGACAUAUGAAUAUCGUGCUAAUGUAAAACGGAUAAAAAACGAGUUUCUACACAGACUCAAAAAAGAUGGACGAAAGUAUUGUGGAAACUUCACGCAUCGAAACAUAUUAAAAUAAGAUGAAAGUCUUGUGUAUUUGAUGUUAAGAAAAUUGACCGAUUCUCUCUCUCAAUGCGUCAUUUUUAACCAAUUUGUAAUUGAUAGUAAUACUGCGUUAUAAUGCAUGUAAUUUUCAUGCCAAAUUUAACGCGAUUUAUUUUAUUACCCGCUCUAAUAGAUCUUUUUCUGAAAUUUCAAUAGUUGCGAUACGUCCGCCGUGCAAAGCCUUUUGAAACGCCAAAGUGUCCAAAGUGAUUUGUCGUAGUAUGUAAUACAGGAGUUCGCUGUGAUCUUUCUUGUAUGACAGAUACUUCUGGAACGUCUGUAACAAUAUGUACAUUCGGAGAUUAAUUAGUGUUGUGAAAUAAAAAGUGGAUUAAGGGUGCAA